UUCGCGAUGCCAGGCGGGGUCUGCGGCAGUCUGGAGGCAGGCCUCGGACCCGGACGUCUCGCUCCUCCUCCCCAGGGCGCGGCCCUCCGCCCGGGGUCUCUCCUCGUCCCCCGCUUCCUCCCGGGACACUGUCUCUCCUUUCUCUUUCCUCCUCCCUCCUCCUCUCCCUCCGCCCCGGGACACUGAGCCUCUUUCCUCCUCCUCCUCUUCCUCCUCUCCCUCCUCCCCAGGACACUGUCCCUCCUCCUUCGUCGUCGUCGCCCCCCUCCUCCGCAUUCUUCCUUCUCGGGACACAGUCUGUCUUCCUUCGUCUUUCUCCUUCCUCCUCCUCCUCCUCCUCCUCCUCUUGCAUUCCUUCCUUCUCCUCCUUCCUUCCUUCUCCUCUCCUCCUCCUCCUCCUCCUUUCUCCUUCCUUCCUUCCUUCUUCCUCCUCCUCCUCUUUUCCUUUCUCCUCCUCAGAACACUCUCUCCUCCUUCCCCCUCCUCUUCCCCUUCUUCACCCCACACCAUCCCCUCUUCCCGGGGACGCUGCGCCCUCUUCUGUCUGGCGUAGCCCUGGUGCCCUGGCCGGAGGAACUUGGGCAGAGUCCAACCAGAGGGAUCCAUGGUCCAUGGUAGGGGGUGCUGGGAAGGGCUCAGGGGAGCAGCUACCUGCCUCUGCCGAGUGCGCAUGAAUUGGUGUUGGUUGGAGAGGCUGUGUUCGCCUUGCUGGGCCUGGCACCUCCUUAUACCGAAUAAAACAGCUCUGCAGCUAGCCCGGCACCCCUGCUGCCCCGGCUCCGUCCGUGCCGAGUGCCCGACCUCCCUGGGCCUUGUCCUCCUGCCCCACAUUCUCUCCUUGCCGUCACCCUACCAGUUCCUUCCUGCAGCUCUCUGGGUGCUUAGCACUGGAGUUUGGACGUGAUCUGGGUUUUUCUGUGCAGUUACAGAAGUCUAGCCCUGAGGCUCUGCGGUGUGCAGAGGCUGCUGUGUGGGUGUGAAUGAACGGCGUUGUGAAGGGAGAAGUACCGCAGUCACAUCUGGGCAAAGCUCAUUUAGGUUUUAUUUAGAUGGUUGUUGUCCUUUUCUACCACACACCUCUCCCGUUCCCGGGAUUGUAGCGCUCCAGAAUGAAUACUUUGUGGUUGCGCUUCUUCUAAUUUACCACCAAAAAAGUCUUGUUGGCUGUGCCCAGAAUACCACCUUGAAUUGUAUUUCACUGUCCAGGUCACCCCCUGAAGAGCCCAGGUGCAGCGGAGCUCAAUGUCACAAAUUGUGAAGCACUAGGUGGUCACCUUGCGUCUCUGCCACGCGCAUUUCUAGUAUGGAUCAGAAACUGUCCAAGCUGGUAGAAGAGCUCACGACUUCGGGAGAACCCCAGCUGAAUCCUGAGAAGAUGAAGGAACUGAAGAAAAUUUGCAAGUCUUCCGAGGAGCAUCUCAGCCACACCUACCACCUGCUCACAACCCAGCUGAGCCAGGAGCAUGCCCAGAUCCGCCUCUCUGCAUUCCAGGCCAUAGACGAGCUCUUUGCCCGGUCUCAUCAGUUCAGGAUGCUGGUUGUUUCCAACUUCCAGGAGUUUCUGGAUCUCACACUGGGCACUGACCAUGAGCAGCCCCUGCCGCCCCCCAGGGAGGUGGCCCAGAAGCUGAGGCAGGCUGCCACCCGGGCUGUCCACAAAUGGAAUGAGAAGUACGGGGCGGCCUACAAGAAGCUCGCCUUGGGCUACCACUUCUUAAGACACAGCAAACAGGUGGAUUUUCAGGAUGUGAGCGCAAGGACUCUGGCAGAAAGGAAGCGGGAGGAGGAGAAGCAGAAGCGCUUGGAUAGAAUCUACAAGGAAAGGUCUGAGCGGGCCAUCAGGGAGAUGGAGGAAAUGUCCGAGGAGAUCCGGAGCUGCCUCACGGAGGUGGAGACCUGCUUCAGGCUGCUGGUGCCAUUUGACUUUGCCACAGGCCUGGGGACAGUGUCACCUCUGGUGGCCUUUCCUGUGUCUGAGGAGAGUGCCCGCUGCCAGGCCGGUGCUGUGAAUCAUGGGGACGAGGAGCAGCCCUGCUGCAGCAAGACCCUGAUCGCCUGUGCCCACCUUCCGGGAGCCGUCAGUGGGGAGGGGCCACCCCAGACUGCCACGGGGGCCAAGGAGGAGGAGGGGGACAGUGAUGGUGACAGCGACAGUGACGGAGAAGGGUUUGUGCGGCGCCAUGGCCUGGGGUCCCACAAGUACACACUGGAUGUGGAGCUCUCCUCAGACGGCCUGAGGGUGCAUGAGGACGAGGACAACCACGCUGUCAUCCACUCGGCCCGCGAUGCACUCAAGCUUAUCCAAAACAAGUUUCUGCCAGCCGUGUGCUCCUGGGUCCAGCUCUUCACCCGUGCAGGGGUCCAUGGUGGACACUUAGAAGCUGCCAUUGACCUGAAGGCGGAGCUGGAAACCGCCCUGAGGAGAUCGGGAGAGCUGGACAUUAAGCCUGAGGAGGGGCACAAGAGGGAGGUGGCAACCCCAGGGGACAGGGACGAGGACAAUGACGAUGACGAUGACGGGGACUUUGUAGAGGUUCCAGAGAAGGAGGGGUAUGAGGCCUGCAUCCCCGACCACCUGCGGCCUGAGUACGGGCUGGAGAAAGAGCCAGCUGUGCGGAGCUUGCCAGCGAGGAAGAGGACAAGGAGGGACGAGGAGGCAUGUGACCCCACCUCUGCUGCUGCCCAGCUGCAUCAGCUGCGUGGACGCUUGCCCCCACCCCCAAGCCCCAGGGCACCUGUGGGACCAGAGGAGGCUGGGAAGCUGGCGGCAGAGCGAUCCCGGGCACCUUUUGUGCCCUUUGGAGUGGACCUGUGCUAUUGGGGCCAGGAGCAGCCAGUGGCUGGGAAGAUCCUCAAGUGUGACUCUGAGCACCGCUUCUGGAAACCUAGCGAGGUAGACACAGAAGUGGACAGUGCUGAUGUCUCAGAGAUGCUGCAGAGCCGCUACAUCACCUUUGCGGGGACAUUUGAGCCUGUGCGGCACCGGUGCCGUGCCUUGAGGCCUGACGGCCAGCUCUGUGAGCGGCAGGACCGGCUAAAGUGCCCUUUCCAUGGGAAGAUCAUCCCGAGAGAUGAUGCGGGACGGCCCCUCCAUGAGGAAGAUAGGACCCGUGAGCAGAGGCAGCAGCAGCAGAGGCAGGCGGGCCAUGCAGAUGUCAGAUUUCAGGCUGACAGGGCGUCCGAGCCCCCGGGCCAUGGAUGGCGGCAGGGAGGGGCCAGUGACCUGCUAAUCCGCGGGGCGAGGCCUGCCCUGGUGGCUCACACUCAGGAGCAAAUUAAGUGCGUAUUUUUUGUGUCAGCCCUGAAGAGUAUCUGGUUCUGCAGCCCUCAGUGACUUGUUAACAACAGGUAUCCGCGGGCCGGCGCUGGCCAGUCAGAUGUGAAAUAGCGUCUCUUUACUAACUACAGUAUUGAUCCCCGCCUCCCUCGCACGCGGGGCAAUUUUCUUUUCCCUGGGCUAACCUCGGUGACAAUGCGCGCCGAGCUGCAGGCCCGCCAGCGCACAGGAAGGCCACGCGGCCCCGCCAUCUAUUGAUUUUCUUCAAAGGCUUUUAAAUUGCUCCUUCAUUUUACUGAGAUGCUCAUUCCAUCUCUACCGGGCGCCGGUAUUUUUCCGUGGUGUUUAAACAAUUGCUGCAUUCACUGAGCUCCUAAACUGUGGCGCCUUCUUAUUAUGGGAGAUAAACUGUUUAGACAGUUUUCCUUAAUCUGGGAUUAAUCAUUCCUGGGACUGAAUCGUGCGGCCCUGCACUCCCUCACUUCAAAAAAAUCAACCUGGGGAGGCCUCACCAUCUAUCUGUGUGGGGCACGCAUCCUGGCCCCUUGGACCCUGGCCGCAGGCUUCCCGUGGGCCGGUGGCCGCCACUGGUGUGUGGGGUGCCAAGCAGCCUUCCACAAGCCAGGGUCACUGUCCAUGGGUCUGGGCACAUGAGGGUGGCUGUGCUGUCACUCCUGAGCGGUAUGGCACUCUGUCUCCUGGACCUCGACUCCACCUGUUAGAGGGAGUCCAGCCCCAACCAGGGUUGGGCAGAGGAGGCCAAGCCAGGGCCACAGCAGGGCCCAUCGAACCCAGGGCUGGGAGCCCCAGAAAAUCAGGCCGUGAACCCUCUCCUCAGUCCCCACAGAGGUACAGCCCCAGGCUGGCCAGGCCACGCCCUGUGGGACCUGGAGCCCUGUCUCCUGCCACCUUGCCAGAGCUCACCAUGGCUGACCGUGUGCAGCAGGAAAAGCAGAGCUAUCUGGGUGAAGUGACCCCCUCUUGCUGAAGCCUGUUGUUAAGUUCUCUUUGGGCCAAUAAAAAAAAACUUGGCCCGUCCUGACCCCUUGGUUGUGGCCGCCCCUGCUACACACAAACAGCAGGCAGCCGUAAUUGGGGGCCAGUGGGGCCCAGUACAGGUGUGGCCGGGAGGUAGCCUGCAUGUGGCACUGCCCCCCAGCUACCAGCCUCCACUGCCUUCCUGCCAGAAGGGUCAGUGGGUGUACCCAGCACCUUCCUGGCCUCUGUGGGCACAGGGGCCCGUGGGGCACAGGAUGGUGGGGGACUCAGCCUUAGAUGCCUGCCCCCUUUGUCACUGGCCAGCAGUGGGCACUCUGAGCUGCCCUCAAGGCAAGGAGGGAUCAGGAGUUUCUUUAAAUCUUGGGGUC